GUCCUCCCCCCCCGCACCCCCGCAGUUUGGCCUAGAGGCAGCUGUUGCUGUUCUUCACAAUGGUUAGAGGAAACGGGACAGACGGAGCUGGGAGUUCAGGCUGAGCAGCAGCAGCAACAGCGUGGGUCUGGUGGUUUCCUCUGUGGACGUGCUUCCCUGGUGGGAUUGGGCGUGGUGCCUGCAUGGAGAAAAAAAUGGGGGAAGCUGUAGCCAGAGUUGCCAGAAAGGUGAAUGAAACAGUGGAGAAUGGAGCAGACUCCCUAGAUUUGGCUGACUGCAAGUUGAUGAUGUUCCCUAUUGGCAUUUACAAAGUCAUGAGGAAUAUCACCGAAGGGAUACAUCUCAUAACUCUGGCCAAUAAUGAACUCAAGUCUGUGACCAGCAAAUUCAUCACCACCUUCAGCCAGAUGAGAGAACUCAACCUGGAAGGGAAUUACCUGCAUCGCCUGCCUGAAGAGAUGAGAACCCUGUUACAUCUGAAAAUCAUCAACUUGUCCAGGAACAAGUUUCGACACUUUCCUGAGCAGUUGACUACCUUGAAGGCUCUUGAAACCAUCAACCUUGAAGAGAAUGAGAUUACAGUGUUCUGAAGAUUCCCCUAUUUUCUGUCAGCCCUGGAAUGGGGAGAUAGGAUUUUCUCCCUCACAGUCCCUUUGGAUAAAGAGUAACUUUGAUGAGUUCUGGAGCAAGCCACUGCUGGCCCCUCUGUUGGAGUGAAAGUUGCUAUAACUUGAGGUCUCUGAGGUAGAAUAAAAUGGGGGAACUUAUGGCUCUGUGAGCCCUCCAGAGAAUGACUGGACUACCUCUACAAAGUGUCUGGUGAUGCUCUGCAUUAAAGGACAUUAUGUAAGAGCAGAAUCUGUUAUAUAUUGUCUCUCUGACUCAUCACAGCACAUUAUACUUAUAUAGUAAUAAAUACUGAGCCAUGAUGGAGAAAUAAAAACAUUAAUUAACCAA